AUGUCGUGGACAGAUGCGUGUGCAUCUAUGUCGACGAGUACAGUCCUUGUUCCAAGGGGAACAUACGAGUUAUUACAACAAGCAACAUUUGAAGGUCCUUGUAAGGCUCCUAUUCAGUUUCAGCUCCAAGGAACAUUGCAGGCUCCAAAAGACCGGAGCCAACUCGAUGUCUCUUGGGUUCAGUUUAAGAACUUGGACAUGCUCACCUUGUCCGGCGGUGGAACUUUCGACGGACAAGGAGCUCAUUCUUGGAAGGAGCACCAUGACUCUACUCCAGUGGAUAUUAAGUUCAAAACCGUCAACAAUUCCAUAAUUAGCGACAUAACUUUUAUGGACAGUGCAAAGUUCCACAUUGGUGUUCACGACUGCAACAACGUUGCAUUCCAACGGCUCACCAUCACAGCACCCGAAGAUAGUCCUAACACCGACGGAAUCCACAUCUCCAGUUCGACCAAGAUCACAGUCUCCGACUCCUACAUUGCAACUGGUGACGAUUGUGUUUCAAUUGGCGAUGGCUCCAACCAAAUCCUAGUGUCCAACAUUGCUUGCGGACCAGGUCAUGGAAUAAGCAUAGGCAGUCUAGGAAAGUAUCCAGAUGAACAGCCGGUGGUCGGCAUCACGGUCAAGAACUGCACGCUUACCGGCACAACCAACGGCGCGAGAAUCAAGACAUGGCCCAAUUCUCCGGCAACAAGCGUUGCUUGGGAUAUACUCUUCCAGGACAUGAUCAUGGUGAAUGUGAAGAACCCUAUCCUCAUUAACCAGAACUACUGCGACAAAGGCAAGUCGUGUAAGCUAAUGAUUCCAUCCAAAGUACAGAUCAGUGAUGUGAGGUUCAAGAAUAUCAGGGGCUCGUCUUCAUCUCCGGUAGCCGUCAAGCUGGACUGUAGUCACAGCGCGCCGUGCCGGAAUGUGGAGCUGUCCGAUAUUGAUCUCACGUACAGUGGUGACGAAAAAAACAAAAUCACGUCCGAGUGUAAUAAUGUCAAGCCCAGACUUGCUCGCGUGACUAAGGCUCUUGCUUGUGCCAAUCUAGGUGACAUACCAAUAGAUAAUUCACCGCCUCAUGAUGAUGGUGGUUUUGGACCAACAUCCUCCGCCGCCGGCAAUAGUUUGGGGCAAAACCCGACGGUCCGGGUGAUGGUGCUAAUUAGUUCCACCAUGGCUUUGUGGUUGCUGCACGGCUUGUUAUGA